AUGUCUCGAAGAUUACUCCAACUCCAAGAGACACCUCCUUCAUCUUCCUCCUCCUCCUCCUCGCCACCGCGCCACGUCUCGGGAGCUUUGUUCUUUUUACUUGGAGGGAUAGUAGUUCUCAUCAUAUUGCUCAUUCUUCUAUGUAUAUUUUGGAAGCGUAUUAAACGUGUCCCGCAAGAACUACCUGAGAAGAAAGCUUCGCCGCCAAGUCAGAGUCAAAACCAUGAAGAGGUGAUGAAGAAAAUUGUCCCAACUAAUCAACAAUCAGAUACAGGAUUCAUGGAGUUCAUCAGUGGAAACCUUAGGACAAUUAGCUAUUUUGAUUUCCAUACAUUGAGAAAGGCCACCAAGAAUUUCCACCGCCGAAAUCUUCUCGGAAGUGGCGGAUUUGGCCCGGUAUAUCAGGGAAAGUUGGUAGAUGGAAGGCUAGUUGCUUGUAAGAAACUGUCUCUUGAUAAAUCUCACCAAGGGGAAAGAGAAUUUCUAGCAGAAGUGAGAAUGAUCACAAGCAUCCAGCACAAAAAUCUUGUUCGCCUUCUCUGCUGUUGCUCGGAUGGACCUCAAAGGAUACUCGUUUACGAAUACAUGAAGAACAGAAGUUUAGACCUCUUUGUUCAUGGGAAUACUGAUGAAUUUCUUAGCUGGAGCACUAGAUUUCAAAUUAUUCUUGGAGUAGCGCGGGGAUUGCAAUACCUUCACGAGGAUUCGCAUGUAAGAAUUGUUCACCGUGAUAUCAAAGCAAGCAACAUUCUUCUUGACGAAAAGUUUCAGCCGAGGAUUGGUGAUUUCGGACUAGCUAGGUUCUUCCCUGAAGACCAAGCUUACCUUAGCACUCAAUUUGCUGGAACAUUAGGCUAUACGGCUCCUGAAUAUGCAAUCAGAGGAGAAUUAUCUGAAAAAGCAGACAUAUAUAGUUUUGGAGUUCUCGUGCUCGAAAUAAUCAGCUGCAGGAAAAACACAGAUCUCACUUUACCAUCUGACAUGCAGUACCUCCCUGAAUAUGCAUGGAAACUUUAUGAGAAAUCAAUGGUGAUGAAUCUUAUAGAUCCAAAGCUGAGAGAAAAAGGAUAUGUAGAGAAGGAUGUUAUGCAAGCAUUCCAUGUGGCAUUUUUAUGUCUUCAGCCACAUCCAGACUUGAGACCUGCAAUGUCACAGAUUGUAGCAUUGUUGACAUUCAAAAUUGAUAUGGUUACAACACCAAUGAGGCCGGCUUUCCUUGAUCGGAGGCGCGUAAUGGAUGAUGAGAACCAUUCUUGGGAAGUCAUAUCUGAGGUUUUACAAACUCCUGUAGCUAGUGAUUCUAUGUUGUAA